CCAGCAUGGCCCCGAGGUCUACGUCCUGCCCCUCACCAAGGUCUCCCUGCCCAUGGCCAAGCAGCCGGGGCGCUCAGUGCAGCUCCUCAAGUCGGCGGACCUGGGGCGGCAGAGCCUGCUCUACCUGAAGGAGAUCGGGCACGGCUGGUUCGGCAAGGUGUUCCUGGGGGAGGUGAACUCGGGCAUCAGCAGCACCCAGGUGGUGGUGAAGGAGCUGAAGGCCAGCGCCAGCGUGCAGGACCAGAUGCAGUUCCUGGAGGAAGCGCAGCCCUACAGGGCCCUCCAGCACACCAACCUGCUGCAGUGCCUGGCCCAGUGCGCCGAGGUCACCCCGUACCUGCUGGUGAUGGAGUUCUGCCCGCUGGGUGACCUGAAGGGGUACCUGCGGAGCUGCCGGGGGGCCGAGGCCAUGACCCCGGACCCGCUGACCCUGCAGAGGAUGGCGUGUGAGGUGGCCUGCGGCGUCCUGCACCUGCACAGGAACAACUACAUCCACAGCGACCUGGCCCUGCGGAACUGCCUGCUCACCGCCGACCUGACCGUCAAGAUUGGAGACUACGGGCUCUCGCACUGCAAGUACAAAGUUUGACGUUCUCUUCUCGUACUGACCCUGCAUACUUGGCAGGACGACUACUUCGUGACGGCCGACCAGCUGUGGGUGCCGCUGCGCUGGAUCGCGCCUGAGCUCAUUGACGAAGUGCACGGCAACCUGCUCAUCGUGGACCAGACCAAGUCCAGCAACGUCUGGUCGCUGGGCGUCACCAUCUGGGAGCUGUUUGAGCUGGGCAGCCAGCCCUACGACCACUACUCCGACCGGCAAGUGCUCGCCUACGCCAUCAAGGAGCAGCAGCUCAAGCUGCCCAAGCCCCAGCUGAAGCUCUCGCUGUCGGAGCGCUGGUACGAGGUGAUGCAGUUCUGCUGGCUGCAGCCGGAGCAGCGCCCGACGGCGGAGGAGGUGCACCUCCUGCUCUCCUACCUCUGCGCCAAAGGGGCGACGGAAGCAGAGGAGGAGUUCGAGAAGCGCUGGAACUCCAUGAAGCCCAACGGCAGCGCCAGCGCCAGCCACCACGGCCCCGAGCUCUCCUCCUUCCCGCUGCUGGAGCAGUUCUCGGCCGACGGCUUCCCCUCGGACGGGGACGACAUCCUCACCGUCAUGGAGACCAGCCAUGGCCUCAAUUUUGAGUACAAGUGGGAGCACACCAAGACCGAGCACUUCCAGGCGCCCCUGGGGUCCCUGAGCCCCAGCAGCGCCGCCCGCUACCACGACCUCUACUACCCGGCCACGACCGCGGGGCGCCUGAGCCUGGGGGUCUCGCCCUCCUGUUAUGAGUGCAAGCCGCCGGGCUGCCCCGGCCUGCCGGCACCCAGCGUGGUGCCCAUCCUGGGCGCCCACAGCCCCUCGCUCAGCAGCGAGUACUACAUCCGCAUCGAGGGGCCUGGGGAGGGCAGCGCCGAGCUGGACUACGCCAUGUGCGCCUACAGCCCGGCGGGCGAGCGGGGGUCCCCGCGCCCCCCAUCCUGCUGGAGAGCUCAGGGUGCCCGCGGCGGCAGCGCCUACGACUCCGACAGCAGCCCCACCGUCUCCCUCAGCAUGGAGCCGCUGCUGGGCCACGCGCCGGCGGGCAAGGGCUCCUGGGAGUGUGCCGAGUACUACCCCUACCCCUGCCCGGGGCAGGAGCCACGGGGCUACGAGCCGUCCCCCAGCCACGGGGCCGAGGGGUACCUGCUGGAGGAGGAGCCCACCCAGCCGGGCAGCCAGGACUGGCCCGUCCCCGGCUUCCAGCCCAGUAUCUUCGCCGACCCGCUGGGCGUCUCGCCAUCGGUGAACUGCGCCUACAGCCCCCGGGGGUACGGGGAGCCGCGGGCAGCCCCGCCGGGCGGGCGGCUGCCGGGGCAGAGCAGGGCCCAGCCGGACUGCGUGGCGCUGGAGCUGGGCGAGGACAGCCCUCCCGGUGCUCCCCGCCCGCAGGGUGCGAGCCCCCCGGCUCAGCGGCAUCCCUGGGCCUCCAACAGCUCCUCCAACAACAACAUUGGCAGCGGCAGCCUGGCGUCCCGCGAGCCCCCGGCCGGCGACAGCUGGUGCUACCGCCGCAUGAUCACCUUCCGGGGCCUGAUGGCCAAGCCGCUGGGCACCGUGCCGCGCGGCCAGCCCCAGCUCGGGGGGUCCCCGCCGGGCCACGACUUCCGCCGUCCGCGGCAGGAUCAGCCCCCCGGCAUGGCCGGCGGCUCCUCCUCCCCGUGCCGCUCACCCUCCCUGCGGCACCAGGCCUGGCACAGCCGUGACUCAUCAACCUCCAGCCGCUCGCAGGCAGCAGCGCUGGCUGGCAGCCCCGGCACGCCGUGGGGCCCCGGCACGGCCCCGCCAGUUGGAGCAGGGGCCCAGCACAAUGCCCACCCGGAUGAGAGCGCAGAGGGGAGCAGCCCUGCCCGCAGCCCGCUGCCCCAUGCUGCGGCUGCACCGGGGCUGGGGGAGGCCACCCCCAUGGCCGGCACCAUCGCCCCGAACCCCGGCCCCCCUGCAGAGCCUGGCAUAGACAGCGCCCAGCCCGUGCUGGAGGCCUCUGAGGCUCCCACGCCGGUGCCCGAGGAGGCUGCCGCUGAGAGUGGCGCGUGUGCCGCUGGCGAUGCAGAUCGGACGCCAGACAAGACCUUCUCCAGCGCCAGCUUCCCCAGCACGGACGAGGGGAGCGAUGAGGACACAGCAGACCUGACCUCCGGCGUCUUCACUGACUUCUCCGGGGACUACAUGGAGCGGGUGGAGGCGGCCCCGGCAUUCAAGUCCCUGCAGAAGCAGGUGGGGACACCGGACUCCCUGGAGUCGCUGGACAUCCCCUCCACAGCCAGCUCCUGCGAGGUCUUCAGCCCCACCGCCUUCGCGCCCACCGGCCAGCCCAAGGCCCUCGACAGCGGCUACGACACCGAGAACAAUGAGUCCCCUGAGUUCGUCCUCAAAGAGCCCCACGAGCCCCGAGAGCCGGAGGCCUUCAGCCAGCUGGGGAAGCCGCCCCCGGGGCUGCCGGGGGGCGAAGGUGAGGGUUUGGCCCCCGAAACACAGCUCUCCACCUCCCUCGGGGCCGAGCUGCACAGCCUCGCCGAGAAGAACCCCUACCGUGACUCUGCCUACUUCUCUGACUACGACGCUGAGGCCGAGCGCGGUCCCAAGGACGAGGAGGACAGCGAUGGGUCCCGGACCCCAGAGGCAGAGGAGGGUCUCCAGUCCCCUGUGCAGGACCUAGGGCGAGCCCCCGGGCCAGGAGAGGACCCGCUGCACCCCCCGGGAGCACCCGGCAGCCCCCCGGCAGCGCCUGGCAUUGCGGUGGCAGCAGACGUGCCGGUGGCAGGGGUUUUGGUGGGGGACUGGCAGCACCCCGGCCCCACGGGGCAGGCGCCUGGCACUGAGCAGCGACCCGCUGGCGUGGGGCUGGUGCCGGGCAGCUCCCUGCACCCCGACGGAGACGCCUGUCCCCCGGGCUCUGCACCGCCCAAGACUUUCUUCUUGACCCCGGUGUCGGCAAGCCCCGGGGAGCCGGCAUCCAUCGGAGGGACCUGCGUGCCCGAGGGCGUCCCUGGACUUGGGGGAGCCGCGGCCGGGGGCAAACAGACUGUGCUCCCCAUGCCGGGGCUUGAGGAACCGGGGCUGCCCCCGGAGGGGACUGGGGUGGGCGAUGCGCCGGGGGGUCCCAGCACGCUGCUACCGGGGGGUGAGUCGCCCCCAGGCCUCUCCCCACUCCCAUCCGCCCGGGAGCCGCGGCCGGCCGCCCUCGAGCGCCGUGAGGAGCCGGAGGAGGAAGAGGAGGACACAGAGGACAGCGACGAGUCGGACGAGGAGCUGCGCUGCUACAACAUCCAGGAGCAAAGUGAGGAGAGCGAGGAGGAGCCGGCGGCCGUGCCCAUCGUGGUGGCUGAGAGCCAGAGCGGCAGGAACCUGCGCAGCCUCCUCAAGAUGCCCAGCCUGCUCUCCGAGGCCUUCUGCGAGGACCUGGAGCGCAAGAAGAAGGCCGUCUCCUUCUACGAUGACGUUACCAUCUACCUCUUCGACCAGGAAAGCCCCACGCGGGAGCUGGCUGAGCAGAGCUUCCCGGAGCCCCCACAGCCUUCGGGGCAGCCCCCCGCCGGCGGCAGCCCCCCCAGCCCGGCAGAGAGGCUCGGCGCCUUGGAUGACUCCUCGGACGGCAACGCCUCGGAAGAGAGCGGCGGCUUCGAGUGGGAUGACGACUUUCCGCUCAUGCCGGUGAAGCCGUCCCUGAUGGCCUCGCUCACGGGGACGCCAGUGGAGCCCGACCCGGCCGUGCCCGCGCUGCCCGCCCUGCCCGUGCUGGUGCCGGCGCAGAAACAGGUGCUGCCUAUCCAGUUCUCCCGGUUCACAGUCUCGCCUGCCCCAGUGUCCCGGUUCUCCAUCACCCACGUCUCCGACUCGGACAUGGACUCCAUAGGAGGCAGCAGUGAAGACGGCGACCGGGAGUGAGCCAGCCAGCCCGCCGGCCGGGCAUCGCCCCAGCACUGGCACCGGCGCGGGGCGGUGGAGGACAGCGGGGCCAGGAGCAGGGUCCGGCCAUGGGCUCCCAGACCACGCUCCAUUUUUUUUAGGCAGAUUUUAU